AAAUGAACAGGUCUAAAGGACAGAUAAGAAAUGACAGAGACAACAAUAGUAGUUCAAGUUCAAUGAAAUAACAAAACGAAGCCAACCACAACAAACGAACUAUUAACAGCACUGUCGUCAACGCUGUUGCCGACAUUUCAAUGUUAACAAAAAAUUCGUUUAUACUCGGGAUGUUGUCUCGUCACUGCCGAAGUCGACUUCUCAUGACAUCAACAUCAAAUUACAGCGAUUUAGUAUGUUUCGGGAUCUGAAAUGUAUCGGUCGAGGAAGUGUCAUUAGAAAUCAAGGGAAAUUUCCUACGAAAUUAAAAUUUCCGCUGGAUAAUUUUUUAAUCUACUCUAAAAAGAUAAAAACAAAAUUAAUGUGAAAAAUUUAAAGGAAUAUAUAUAUAUAUAAAUAUACACAAAAUUCAAAAAUAAAAAAACGCAAACAAUAAAUAUAUUUAAAAUCAGUCAACAUCAAUUAAAUGUUUAGUAUUAAAUACGUAAAAAAAAAUAAAUUAUUUAAUAAACACACCUAAGAAAAUAUUUAAUUACAUAAAAUUUAUAAACAAAAAAUUGCCAACAUUACGUAAAUAUUACAUUAGUUUAUGUGAAUAAAUAAUGAAAUGCCAAAAAUGUCCGAUUAAAUGUUAAUAAUUAUAACAUAAUUUGUAUCAUUAGUGAUGCUCAAAAUUGGGCAAUAUUGUUAAAUGUUUGUAGCUCAAUCGAUUUUUAACGCUUCAUUUGUAUUUAACAAUGGAAAUUGAUGCCCUUGAUAUAUAUUUGCAAAUAAAUUUAGCGCAUGUCAAAUUGCAGAUUUUUCGAAAAUAUACUAUGUAAUCGUCAUAAUUUUAAAUCCACAUUUGUUCAAGUAAAUAUUCAACAUUUUUUUUGCGUUUUAUAUACCGUUUAUUAUGCAUCGCCGAAAAAUAUUUGCUUCCAAUAAAGAAUGCAUUGGAAACUGCACAACAAAUUUAAAUAAAUCAUGCGAUAAGUGACUGCAAAUUGUAAAAUAAUUAGAUAUGAUAUAUAAUUAGAAUACAUAUGUAAAUGUUUCACAUGAUUAAAUUAAAUUAAUUAAAUUUACUGUCAAUCGAAAUAAAAAUGAAUUUAACUACGUUAACAUACUUAAAUCAGCAGAUAACUUAAAUCAAAGCUGUUGUGAAAAUCUAUUUUGAAUGUCAAAUUAUUAGUAUACCUAAAAAUGCAAAGUAUUAAAAAAAAUACAAGCAGAAAACGCUGACAAAAAUUCGAAUUAACUAGCAAAGUUUUUAAUCUUCAACCUACAAAGCACACACGAAAAGCACACUCGACAGCAAUUAAAGAGUGUAGCUAAGACUUUCGGCACUUUACAAAAAAAAAACACUCUUCGUGCGGCAACGAGAAUUUAACAUUAUGUGCGUCCGGCUUAUGCAAUUGCGGCCUGUAACAUUAUGGAAGAAGCAGUGUCGACAAAGGUGGCAUAAAAGGCAGGAAAUGAAAGGACGAGCAAUUCAACUGCUUCAUAGUGUGGGCACAAACAUAUCAGAAACUGAAGAUGAUGAUGAUAUUAACGAUAGCGACAGCGCUCGAUAUAAUCACAGCAAAAGGAAAAUUCAGUUUUUACCUACACCCUUUUCUGAGUGGGAGCAACAAGAAACUGUUAAAUAUAUAACCACCCUCACCCACACAUUGCUAUUCUCUCUUCCUUGCUCACUCCUGAUACUGCUGAUCAACUUAGUGGAUUCCUCUAAAGCAGCGGCUGUUAACAACCACCUCACUUUCAAUAUUAGCAGAACGGAACUCUUAUUUCGCGUUAAUCAGACAAGAAACUUUUCAAAUGAACCAGCGACUACUGCAUCGUCGUUGAUCGAAAAGAACAACAACGAAUUCGAGACUGCCGACGGCGAUUAUACCAGUGAAUAUAUCUUUGAUCGCACCGAUAUUCGGAUUAUAUUCAUCAUCCUUUAUACCCUUGUAUUUUGUUGUUGCUUUUUUGGCAAUUUACUUGUGAUAUUGGUAGUAACGCUUUCCCGUCGCCUGCGAUCUAUAACUAACUUUUUCCUGGCCAACUUAGCAUUCGCCGAUUUUUGCGUAGGUCUCUUUUGCGUUAUGCAAAAUCUGUCAAUCUACCUAAUAGACAGCUGGGUUUUUGGAGAGUUUCUUUGUCGUAUGUAUCAAUUUGUCCACUCCUUGAGCUACACUGCGUCCAUAUUUAUUCUCGUUGUCAUAUGUAUGGAACGCUAUUUUGCCAUAGUCCAUCCAAUAACCUGCAGGCAAAUUUUAACUGCGACACGAUUAAGAAUGGUUAUUGUCAGUGUAUGGAUUACAUCGGCGGUGUAUUCUACGCCGAAAUUUGUAUUCAGCAAAACUAUAAAAAAUAUUCACACUGAGGAUGGUCAGGAGGAGGAGAUUUGUGUGUUAGAUCGUGAAAUGUUUAAUUCCAAAUUACUGGAUAUGAUUAACUUUGUACUUCUCUACGUAAUGCCCUUGCUUGUAAUGACUGUGUUGUAUAGUAAAAUAGCCAUCGCAUUGUGGCGCAGUUCACGUGGCCUCACCCCUCAUAUGUCCCAGCAGCACCAACUAUCUAGUGAAGAAAAUAGCAUGAGUCUACAUAACAGCAUGUACCAUCGAAAUACCCAUAAUUACCAUUCUACUCAUUAUCAUUCACACUCUCACCUUCAUGAACUUCAUAAUCUGCCGACGGGAGUUGGACCCACAAUGGCAGCUGGCGAAGCAUCACUCGCUUCCACUAGCAAUUCCCAGUGUUUGUCACUUCAAAAUAGUGCUAAAUAUGAAAAGCGUGACGUCAGCAUCGCUGAAAGUCAGCUUGAUAAUUACAAGGUGUCACUGGAAGCGGAUCGGACGAUAGUAACUGCCUGCCACAAGUCCAGCUUUUCUCGUCCAUCGAACUCGUAUACUGCUCGUUGUACUGGUGCAAAUAGUGGAGGAGGAGGAGGUGGAACACAUUUGUCGCAUUCUUCAAAUAAUGUCCUACGAGCACGAAGGGGAGUCGUUCGUAUGCUGAUUAUUUUUGUGCUGACAUUUGCGCUGUGCAAUUUACCCUAUCAUGCGCGGAAAAUGUGGCAAUACUGGUCACGUUCCUACCGCGGUGAUUCCAAUUUUAAUGCGCUGUUAACACCGCUGACUUUUCUGGUCACGUAUUUCAAUUCGGGUGUUAAUCCCCUACUAUAUGCAUUUCUCAGCCGCAAUUUUCGAAAGGGGAUGAAGGAGCUACUGCUAUGCUCAUGGAAGAAGGGCAAAGGGAAGUCAUCCUCAAAUUCAUCGAUGCAUCACAAGCGUAAGGCAUUACAGACCCAUUCAUUGCCCACUGAUACCACGAACAUCGGCAAUGACCAACUAUGAUGGCCAAACUGCUGGACCACGAACAUCAGAAUAUUUGGACGUCGGCAAUAAAUUCGCACAUUCGAAGUAUUAGAAGUAGAAUUUUAGAGUUUAUAUACUAGACGUAAUUUCAUCGUGAUAAGAUUAAUAAAUUUUAAAUUU